AUGCGGUACUCGAGUGCGGCGAGGAGUGUGCAAGAAGAGCGAAUAGCUCAGCAGGCACAAGAGCAUCGUCUCUUGUGCAGUGGAUCUAUCUGUCUUCACAGUCCUCGCGAUGUUUCCACCGAGCUUUAUCCUCAUGAUCUGCUCGUUCCGGCUCACUCACUCGCUGCUGCUGGGCUCGGCCUGCGCACGGUCGUCAAAAUAAGCCUCGCUCGCUCGUCGGUCUCCACAUGCGUCGACAACAGGCAACGGAUUUGUCGUAUGCCUGAGGCGGAGGAUCCCGCGCCCACCUCCUCCUCAUGCGAGCGAUCCGAGAGUGUGUCCAAAUGCGGAGUCCACAUGGAGAGGUGGGCAUUCGGAGGGGUCAAGAUCGAAUCAUUCGCAGGACACGUAAUGGCGCAUGCAGGGAAGACUUGUGACUUUUCCCUGGCGAUGGUGGUGAUGUUCGGCGUUAGCCUUGGGGAUCGCAGAGCCCAUUGA